AUGCGGUGCACGAGCUGGGAAGGCGUGAGGCAGGUGCCGAGAGUACACGCCGCGGACGAGACCAGUGACACCAUACGGCGCAGCCGCAUCUUUACCGGCUACUGUCUCUCAUCCUGUGAGAAGGAUCCGAAUUGUGCUUUUUCCCUCGUACACUUAAGGCUUUUGCUGCGAGUGCAUUUCCAUCUUCAGAAGUAUUCUGGCGCACCCAUCUACGGGAAGGGCAGGCUCAGGAUGGUCCUCAAGGUGGAUUCCAGGAAGAUCUAACGCACGCUCCCGGGGGUGGUUCUUCCACUCCUGAGGCCGUUCCGGCGACGCCAUAUAUUUGCCGGCUUGGUCGUUAUGCGCCCAUCGUGGUGACGCCAGGGCCAUCCACAGAAAUUGACAAGCAGGAGCAGCGCAAGGCCACGGAAAGCCUGAUAAGCCUUCGGCUGGCAUAUGGAGUCCCACAUGGACGCCCCGCGGGCUCGACGGCCGGUCCAGCACAGUCACCCAAUGGAGAGCAGCGCGCAGCCUUAUGCCUCGGACUCGUUGUAGUCACUUAUUUAGAAGUCGACGACAACGACAGGCGGACUCGGUUUUGAUAGGUCUAAAUUUAGAACGCCUGUAUACUUAUAUUAGAGUAAGGCCAAUAACGGGCUUCGAGUUGCCACGAGUUGCGCGAGUUGCCGAAGCGGAGCGCUUCACUUCUGGAACGAGUUGCCACGAGUUGCCGGAAGGUGUCCGCUCCAUCGAAAUGGAGCGAAGCAGGGCGGUGCGGGUACCAACCUACCUGCUCGAAGUGGCGAAGUUUAGGGGCGUGCCGCUUUUGUUGUUGCUCGUGAGAGGGGCAGUCGGGUAUGUAUGAAGGGCUGCCGAGCCCUUAGGGCUUGUUUUUUGUAGCUUGCGGGCGGACGCCUAAUAAAGCACAACCAAGGGGGCGAAAGGCUCGGCUCUUUGUUGUUUUUGUUUGAUGUCGUGGCGCGUCGUCUAGUCGGUGGCGGUCUUUCUGCUUCUCUCCCACUUUUCUUCGGAUGUGUGGCCAAUGAAUCUACUUCGGGGGUGAGAGUGAGUAGCCCCCGUCUACUUUAUAGGGCGGCGCGUCCAGCCUUGCUUGGGGGUGAGUAGACUAGAGAGAGCGCGGCUGUUCGGCGUAGGUUUGUAGUUGGGAGUGGGUUACCGCACUAGAUUCGUAGUCCUUCCUUAGCUGUUGCGAGUAAGGUAACUAGAUGGCCAAGCAAGUGACUGAGAUGAGUCUCGAGCCCGAGACGGUUACUCGCUCCUGUCUCAGGGGUGCACUGAGAAGGAAACCAAGGAUCAGCGACACGGCCCGCAGUGUCGUACGCUCCUGCUAAGGUUUCGCGAUGUCUCACGAAGCUGCGGCCGAAGGGCGCCGCGCAAAAAAUUAGGGCGGGCAACUCGAGCAACCCGAGCAACUCGACCCGAUUAUACGGGUCAAAAAGUGCCUUACUCUAUUAUAUAUAAGAAUACUCCGCAAGCGCGACUGCGGACUGAGUUCUCCGCUUCGGAGCUUAUUUAGAAGUCGACGCCUCAGUCACUUCCUUAGAAAGUGCGAACCCCUUCCCUACAAAAGUCACUUAUUACUUACUAAAAAAAAGUAUGAGUAGUGUAUUCAGUAGUUACUCGAAAACUGGAAAUAACUGAGUUGCUGACUGAAAUAUGGGAGGCGAGGCAUCUUUUAAAGGCUGCUUCCCCUUGGUCGGUAUCUCGUUUAUUCUCGUCUGUUACUCGGUUACUUCAGUUUAUCGAGUAUGUGACUGCCGUCGUUUCUUUGCACUGUUUGUUGCUGUUCUCGCUGCUUCAAAGCUUAUUGCCGUUUUCAUUGAGAAUGAGAAGUUGAGGUCGACCCCUUACGCGACUCAUGCUGAGCCUAGUGUUCCUCCGUCUCUUGGCCCACUACCUCAGACAAUUUUGAUGCAGAAGGGCAUGCACAUCGGAAGACCCUCUUCAGAAGCAAGAAGCGCAAUAUUGAAGUACUAGGCGUGGCCCGAGUGCUCAGAGGCGCACGGGAACUAGGGGGACGGGGCGAAGAGAUGGCUGCUACCUAUUUCAAAAAUACGCAUGGUGGGAGGCUGGGCGAGGUUUUUGGCGUGGGAGCCUUUGGGCGUGCAGCAGUAGGGCGGCGGCCGGCCCCCGCCAUGUCACCGGAGCACCUUGGCGCCUAUCAGAGCGACAAAAAGCGGCCGGGCAACGCUCGGAGGCCUUUUCUUGGGGCAGAAAUCGGGCACCGCGUGCGCGGUUCCAGGCGCCAGCGGCCGGCGUGGGCCGUGGGCCGCUUUCUGUUCGUCUGGUUAGCAGUGAAGCCGCUCGCAGCGCGCCGGCCUCCUGACUCGCCCCCGCACAAAUCUCGCCCGCUUAGCCUUUUCGUUGUUGGGGUGGACCCCUGACAAAGCCAGGGCCCUCCUUAAAAUCUUGAGAGAGCCAGGGCUCUCAGCUUUGGGAAACCUUGAGACAGCCAGGACCCCCCCGAAAACCCCAAGAAAGCCAGGGCUUCGCUGUGGCGUACUCUCCACGCGGUCCUUCGCUGUUCGCUUGCUUGGCCUAUUCGCUUGGGCAGUUUCGCUUUUUAGCUGUUUGGCUGGUCUGAAUGCUCCUAGAGUUUAUGUGUCAGGCUUUGCUUUUCUCAUUCUCAGCGACCGCCCCCUCGUGGUUUGUGUUGGUUCCCGCCGCUGUGUGAGUUGGUUGCGCAACUCUGAGAGGGACGGGCCCUGCUGUACAUUCGCAACGCCGAGAGGGGAAACGACUACGAGGCCAAAGAGGAGCCGGCAAAAAUGCCGCCAAAACCUUGAGUCGUGAAACUCUGAGACGCAAAAUUACCUUGGUCCAAAAGCCUUUCGGCUUACGUACCUUGACCCAAAAGCCUUGGGGCCUUUCCGCUUUUUCGUCUAGCUAAUCUGUAGCUGCAAGCCUUGGCAUGCAUGGCCUCAAAGCUUUGGGGCUUCCCUCAAAUUUUGGCGUGGGCAAAGCCUCAAGCCCUUGGCCUUACUACGCCCCUGAACCUUGUCGACAGUGGCUGCUUUAGUUUUUAUUUCGAUUCGCCGCGCCUGCGCUUCUACUACUUCGAGCCCCUGAAAGCCUUCAGCUGCGGCCCCGCUUAUUGUUGAUUGUCAACGAAGAGGGAACCAGCUAGCUGCGUACUACAGCAUGAAUACAGGGCGGGGCGGGCGGGCUUCGGCUUGUGGAGAGUCUCCACAGGAGGCCCAAGACAAGGCCGGGCGACUUCUCGAAAGGAGGCGUGGGGCCUGGUGGCGUGGGUGCUUCUCUCCCUUUCAGGAGGACUACAGAUGGGUAAAGCAGCUAUCAAGCAUUUCUAGCAGCUCUAUUUUAGAGUAGUUUACAGAACGGAUGUAGGAUGGACUUGGAUGGAUCGGAUGGACUUGGAUGGAUCCACCCCACCCCGGAUCUGGCACCCCUAUAGACUGCUCUAUUAUUUUUUACAUUAGUGUUUUUGAUUUUGCCUUGUCUACGUGCAACACGGCAGCGACAAGUUGUGCCAGAAGCAGAGUCACCGACCUUGCCUACACCAUGGACUGUCGUAGUGCGCCCACCCGUAGCUUCAAAAGGCUUUGUCCACAUUUCCAAAGCCAAAGGGGAUCUCCCUCCCGGCUCUAAAAGUCCUUGCGGCUGCGGGUAAUCAAGAAGGUUUCCGCUUUUCUCUAUAUACCAAAGCUGAUCCCGACCAGAGCAAGGAGGCCUUGGAGGGCCGUUGGGGUAUCGUGAAGGCGCUGGACAUGGCGCCAAGUCUAUCUAUUGACGAGUCGCUCUUCGAGUGGGAUCGCCUGAAGCUGUCCAGGCUACACGAUCAUGCCAUUGCCCUUUGGCGUAUGGUGCUAGCGAACGAGCAGCAUAGCGACUAUUUGCUUGCGCUGCUUAAAAAGUGGAACAAGGCCGAUGAUGACAAUAUUACAGGAGACAAAAGUGCAGGGGCCAGUUUUAUGACACGCCUUGAGCUGAGCUCUCCAUAUCGUAGAAGGUGGAGUAGUGUGGGUAUUCAAGCGAGGGCGAGACCAUUGUAAGUAUCGGGACAUAUCAUGAUAUGAUUAAGUAGCACAUUUUGCCUCUAUCAGAAGGCUAAAAUAGCUAGUAUCCACUCUCCUUGAGGACCUAGUAGAAUUCGAGGCGCAUUUUAUGGCGGUGUGGGGGCAUCGGCUUCCUUAGGCUCUGACGACUGGGGGCCUCCUUCAAAAAACCUGACGGACGGAACUCCGGCGCAGCGCCCGGGAUGGGACGACGAGAGCCGCGCGGCGCUGCGUGGAUGGUCCGACCUUGAGGCGCGCGCGUGUGUGGCAGCCUCUUCUAUAAGCGGGAGGGGCACGUCGUAGGAGGUCGCUUGCCGUUCGAGGGUGGUCUCUUUUGGGGCUCUCUUUUGCUGUGUAGAUGUCCAUAGGGCUCUGCCGGCCGUGGCAAGGGCUCACCAACUGCGGCCGCGAAUGGCGCGCGCCCCUUCGCUGCAUAGCUAUGUGCACAAGUCUGCGGCGGAAUUCUGAUUGCAACCCCACUCGCCGUCGGGCAGUGUGUUAGCGUCGUCCACGGUGCUUUUUGUUUUGGUUGUGCGCGCUCUUUAGGGGGAAAGUCCGGUAGGAGGGGCGAUUGUUUCCUAUCAUCUGCGGCCUCACCCAGUCCAGGCCGGCCUCCGCAAAGGGCCCAGGCUGCAGCCGUAGGGGCGCGGCAUGUUUACGGCUUCGCGCGUGCUUCCACGCAGCUGCUUCCCUUUUUGUUUUGCUCUGCAAUGAAUCACCAGGGCGCGGCGGUGGUUGCAGUUGUUAGAUAGAGCCCCAGGCGGGCGUUUCCCUAUCCCUUUGCGUUGGGUCAUGGGCCGGCUUGUGGUCGCAUCACGUGGGGGAUGCGUUGGUGGCUUGAUUCUUGUCGACUACGCACGCACCCCCAGCUCCAUGGAUGAACGAAGCACAGGCCCUCGUGGUCGCUGUUGUCUCGCUCUUCGGUUCUCGCACGGAAGCGCUCGUGGCUAGCAAAGUCGUUCUGUGGUGGCUGGUGCAGAGUAGGCGGGGGUGCAGGCUGGGGCGUGACUGCUGGCCAGGCUGUAUGUUAGCCGCCUGGAGUGGGUAAGGCACAGAGGGCGGGGGCGCCGGCUCGUACUUAGUCGGGCUGGCGGCGCAUAGAGGCAGCGGGGCAGAGCUGCUCUCGAGGGGCAGUGAGGUCGGUGGAGAGGCCCACCCGGGCUUCCUCGCUUCGAUUCCUAUGGCAUGCUUGGCUGGCCAAGUUGCUUGGGUGCUUCGUUCCGCUCACGUAACUUGCAUAGCCCUCCAGGCAUUCCAGUGCGGUCUGUCCUCGACGCCUGCUUACUGCUGCAAAGAGCUGCGGGCUGCGUCUUUAAAUUCGUUGAAGGAUUAGCGCCGCUACGUUUCGGGUGGGGUUCGUCAUGACGUUGACCCAAGUCUCUCUGAAUCUUGUUUGUAUCUUUUUAAUGCUUUUUUUUGUGAUGUCUAUGCCAGCAAAGGAUCAAGGAGGCCAAGACCGGUAAAAACAAGUUCUGGUCCCAUUUUCUAAUGUCAUUUACGCUUCAGGGGAUGGGGUGGGGGCGUCCUUGCUUUUGCCAAUCUCCGAGGAGGAUAAUAGCCGAGAGGACUCGGAGCUGGAUCGAAAGGUGAAAGUGGAGACGAAUCAAAUCCGCCCGCACAACCUCGAGGGGCAACAGGUUCUCGCCUGGUUGACGGAGCAGGGGGAGUACGCGC